AAUCUGUAAUUAAUCUCAAAUGUAAACACGUAAUUUCUAAGAAAAUCUAAUCUUUAUGUUUUUCUGAGAAUCUCGGAAAUUUAUUUCCUUAUGUACCUUGCAUUAUCCCGAAUGCAUAAUCCCAAGACUGGCAUCAAUGGCACUUGCACAAUGUUAUGAUCAUCUGACCUUUGGAAAUGAUAAUAAGACUCCGGGUUUCACUAUUAGCGUUAAUAUCGCUAAUUAUGUCAACCAACACAGCAAUUUAGACGUAUUAAGAUAUGCCACCUUAAGAAAUCUUCAAAUUGAGGGUUCUCCCCCUAGGUUUUCAUUUCAUUUCCGUAUAUAAAAGUGGACGAAUAUAUUUUGCACGCGAUUUGCAAAAGUUUAAUCCAGUUUCGGAUCCAUCCAAGAUUCAUAUCGCGGUAAAAAAAAAUCCGACAAAUUAACAAAAUUAGAAAUAACGAAUAAUUGUAAAGAUGAAAGGUGUUGGUGUGAGCUUUUUCAUCUCAUUCGUGCUAAUAGCAAAUUUGCAGAAUACCGAGAGUAAAAGAAUGUCCUUAGACGAAAUUAAAAUAGCUCUGCUGCCAGUGAGAGAGGUCUGCAUCGAAAGGGUUAGCGUCAAUCCAAAAAUGAUUGAUGAUGCAAACAACGGUAAUUUUGUACCCGACCGGAAACUGCAGUGUUAUUACAAGUGCUUACUAUUGAUGACAAAAGUCAUGAAAAAUGACCAGAUAAUAGAGAAGGCACUUCACAAUAUCGUGCAGUUCAUGUUAAAUGAAGAUCUUGCGAGUCCUGUUGAGAACGCAAUAAAACAUUGUCAACCGAUCAUGUCGAAGUCGAUAGAUGGAUGUGAAUUAGCAUACGAAACGGUUAAGUGCUUCUACGAUUCUAAUUCGCUCAUCCUUUUCCCGUGAUGAUAUCUCUCUCGAUUCUCCAGCGCAUUUGGAUAAUUCUGGAAACAAUUUUGGCUCAGCUAGUCAAAGUAACAGGAGGACUCCAUUACAGCAGAGUAUGCAUUGCAUAUUGAAAAACUUCCAAAAUCGAAAGAAAUUAUUCCAAAUGUAUCCAAUGUAUAUUAAUUAAAUAAAUCUUGCGUCAUAAUAU